GCUAGCUGAAGUGCAGUGAUGAUUUGUGUUGACUAUAAAAGAAAAUGCUGCAGUUCUUAGUCGCACUAAACCAAGGACUAGCAAAACCUAAAAUAGUAAGAAAAUCAUGGGCAACAACUGCAGUAAUAAUCUAAAACAGCAAUCAGUGCUGAGUGUAUCCCAGCCUCGUCUUGUUGCAACAACAUCUCAACUAUUCCUCCAAGCAGCUCAUCAGCAGAGGCCUAAGAGUGACACAGACCUCUUCAGAAACAAGACCCCAACUACAACAUUACAUCGAUCACCACUGGUAUUGAUGAGACCAGCCAAAGGAAAAGAGACUAACUCAGAUACAGAUGCCUCCACACAACUCCUGAAGAGAACCACUUCAAUUCGUCGCACUGGAGGCUACAAAGCUCGCUCUGCAAGCCUCAGAAGACAACGCUCCAUUCUUAGACGGCGGGGCAACAUGAAAGGAAAAAGUCGAACAACGAUCAGAAGAACAAUCGAGCUAGAAUCAGAGCUCAAAAUGGCUCAAGAGCAGAAAGAACUUUGUGUCAUGGCAGCUAGAGGAGAUCUGCAAAGUGUGGAGGCCUUUAUUGACAGUGGAACGGAUGUGAACUCUGCAGAUGAGAACCAGCAAACAGUACUUCAUCAUGCUGCAAUGCACAGUAGGGACGAAGUAAUUAACUCUCUAAUCGAUCGAGGAGCUGACGUUAAUGCUACAGAUCUCAAGGGAGGUUUCAGUGCUCUACAUUGGGUGGUCAUCAAUGCUGAUCCGCAAACAGGCAACACUGAUCAUGUAAGCAAAUCCCUCAGGGCAUUGGUAAAUCGUGGCUGCAAAGUGAAUGGCACAGACUUCAACUUCGCUACAGCUCUCCACAUUGCUACCCAAAAAGGCAACAAGACGAGUAUCGAGACUCUAAUCAGACUGGGAGCUGACCCAGACAAGGUUGAUAUUACGGGUAGAAACUGCUACGACAUGGCUAAGAACCAACAGAUCAGAGACUUUAUGAAACGAUUGCAGCAGACACCUAAAGAAGACAAUCAUGUAUACCACAUACUGGAGGUUCAACCAGCUCAACCUCCACAGAGUUUGGGACCACGGGUGCAAAAGAGACGCAGCAAACCUGUGUCAGAGCACAUUUACCACAUCCUCGAGUCCUCUCCCCCACCCCAACGCCUUACACCUUCCCCACCUCCACAGAGCAGCUCCACUCCCCCACCACCCCCACCAAGGAGAAGACGUACACUGUACUCACACUACGACUUUGCUGACACACACAUCUACCACGUUCUUGAGGCUCCCCCUGCAACUAACAAACCAUCUUCUCCUGUACGAAGAAGGAAGACAAUUACCGGAAGAAAGUAAAACAAAUUUUAUUUGAACAAUUGACAUAAAACAGCUAUUUAUUAGACUAUACAAACAACUAUUGACAUGUAUGUUUCUGUUUGUCACCAAGCAACAAAUGCACUUGUAAUGAAAAAAUAAAUUUGAAUAA